GUGUCCGUGCGAUGAUGCGUACUGAUAGUGAGCAUCCAUCACCGACGCUACCGACGCGACUGCUGCUGCUGCUGCUGUUAACGAUAAUCCUCGCGAGGCUCAUCACCGUCGAAGCGGUCCGCUGUGGCCAACGGCCGAUUGCGGCACCCGGUACCAUCACCAGCGGAGAACCGAGCUGGCCGGGACAGUUUCCUUGGCAUGCGGCGGUGUGGCACCGUACGCAACAGCUGAUGCUGGCCACGGCCUACGCCUGCGGUGGUUUCAUCGUGGGCCCACGCGCCAUCAUUACGGCUGCCCAUUGCGUAACGGCUCCCAGCGGCUAUCAGAUGGCGGCCAACGAGCUGACGGUACGUGUAGGACUAUACGAGCUGCUGGCCAUGGCUCGCCACUCCCAGGAGCACCCGGUACAGGUCGUUCACCGGCACGCUCGCUUUAGCAGCGGUUCACCACACCACGAUCUGGCGCUACUGACCCUCCGUACGUUGAUCGAGUUUGAUGCGUUUGUGCAACCGAUUUGCCUUCCCCGGCCGGCCGAUGAUGCGCUCUCGGGACACCUGAACAACGGUGUGGUGGUGUAUGGUAUCGUUUCGGGCUGGGGAUUAACGGAAGGCGACGGUCUGGCACGGACUCUUAGGAUGAGCACUAUGCCGACGGUAAGCCACCUGCAGUGUCUUGCCAGUGAUCCGAUAUUGUUCGCUCCGGUGCUCUACGAAGGGAUGUUCUGUGCCGGCUGGAAGAACGGAACAAACGUGUGUAACGGUGACAGUGGUGGUGCUUUCGCGAUUCACGAAAAUGGACACUGGACAGCUCUAGGAAUCGUCUCGUUUACGGGCCUGCAAGAAGACAUCCUCGGACAACCAGCACGCUGCAGUAACGAAAGUCUCGCUGGCUUUAUCAGUAUCCCAUCGUACCUCAGCUGGAUAGAAUCAAUCGCGCACUCAGAAGCCAUCGAGCUCGCUUCCGUAGCGAUCGAAUCCCGACAGGAAGCUGACCGAAUUAGCGAACAAAUGUGCCAACGAUAUCGACGAGGCUGCGAGGAGGAGGACGAGGACUUUUCAUAUUUAGCGUCCGUGGUGAGUCCGGCACCCCACGACUCCCGCCACCUGGUGAUUGAUUGUUUCGCCGUGCUGAUAAGUGACCGAUUUCUGCUGGCCCCGGCCAGCUGCCGGCGAGUAAAUGAAUCUCCACCGACACCGGACAAUAGCGCAGCCCCAACGAUGGCGAAGCAAUUCAUUAUCCUCGAGUCGGCCGGACAAGCGGUGGACGCUCCAAUAAAGAUAUUCCAUCAACACCCGAACUUUGUCACCGAAGAAGACGACGACAAGGACGACGAUACUGACGGCAUCCCCGAGGGCCAGAGCAAUCUCGCACUAAUCGAACUGGAACGUAAGGUAUCACUGGUCUCCACCUGUCAGUUUGCAUGCCUCUGGACGCCUUCUCCGACGAGUGCCGAUAGCCGGUCCGUACCGGACCAGAUCUUUCUCUACUCGGCCGUGAAUGUUAGCAGCGACAAAUCGAUGGCAGCGUUCAAGCGGACGGCGAACAGACGACGAGCUGGUCCGAGCAAAGCCGCCGGACCGCCCGGGACCGGAAGCGUAUGCUACGAUGAGCUACUGGCGCCCACAUUGAUGACGCAGGUUGAGGAACGGCAGCGCGGUGAAAUCGGACGGCAUUAUCGAUUGGUGGGCAUUGUCCUGUACCGAACCUGUACCAAGAUACGGUUCAUCAAGGUGGCGCUCUUUCUCGAUUGGAUUGAGUGGAUCGUGUGGCAACCGCCGGACGUUGCCUAGGAUACUGAAGGUUCCGAUGAUGCUGAGGGUAGCAGGCAUUGGUUGGGAGGAGUACAAGAAUGCCAAAAAUACUGAGAACAGAUUCUAGCGUGAUUUUCUAAAGUGUAAUGUUCCGAAAUAAACAUCCAAAUGGAUAGAAAUGA